CAGUUUCCACUGAGUCGUUUCAGUUCAGAUGGUUGAUAUUUUAAAUGCACACAUCAGAUCAAGCUGUGAUUGGCUGGAUUACAUUAUGAGGUUGUCACUUCAAGUAAUUGGUGCAUUCCUUUUUCUGUCUGAAUCGAUUGUAAAAGUGUUUCUGAUUCUGUAAAUGUGUGUUCUUAAAUGCAAAUUUUGGCCUUUGCACAUUUGCAUUGCACCUCUCAGCCACCGUAGAAACGAGAGCUAUAGUGAUUCACUGAAGAGAAAGGAAAGUGAAACUUAUAGCCUGACUUUGACUCUGACAUUGACCUGUCUGAACGGAGCUGAGCUGCAGUGUCAGAUAUCUCUGCUUCAUCCCAGGAGGAAUCAUUCUGAGGAAACACAUUUGCUGAGUUUGUUUUAAAGGAUAAUCCAGGAAUCCUAAAUGGCUGAGAAAACAUCACUUCUUGAAAGUUACCUGAACUGCCACGUGUGUUCAGAGACUUUCACAGAUCCUGUGUCUCUGAUCUGCAACCACAGCUUCUGUUCAAGCUGCCUGCAGAAAUUCUGGGAACAAACCCAGAACAAGAACUGUCCCGUCUGUAAAAUCAAGUCCUUAUCUGAGGACCCAGAAGUGAACCUGACACUCAAGGACCUGGCUGACUCGUUUGCUGGGAGGCAGACUCAGGGAUCACCUGAGACAGAAAAGGAGGGACAGAAGAGAGAGGAGGUCGUGUGUGAUGAACAUCCAGGAGUCCCUUAUUGGUUCUGUAAAGAUGAAGAGAGAGCUGUGUGUCCUGUGUGUGAGUUUUCUCUCCAUCAGAGUCACACUGUGGUUCCUGUGGAGGAAGCAGUCAGUGAGAUGAAGGAGAAGCUGAAAUCUGACUUGAAGUCUCUACGGGACGAGAGGGACGAACACAAACGAGUGGAGGAGAAGUACAAAGAAGUGAUUCAACACUCCAAGAAGCAGCUGUCGACCACGGAGACACAGAUCAGAGCAGAGUUCAACAAGCUCCACCAGUUCCUGAAGGAGGAAGAGGAGUCCAGACUGACAGCUCUGAGGGAGGAAGAGGAGCAGAAGAGGAAGACUAUCAGCAGAGAGAUGAAGAGGAUCCAGGAGCAGGUCUCCUCUCUGUCAGACAGUAUCAGUGCUGCUGAAGAAGACCUGCAGAAACACAACCUGGCCUUCCUCAGACGUGAUAAACCCACCCAGACCAGAGUCCAGGGCUCAGAGUCAGACCCACAGCUGGUUCCAGGAGUGCUGAUAGAUGUGGCCAAACACCUGGGAAACCUGUCCUUCAGAGUCUGGGAGAAGAUGAAGGAGAGGGUCCACUUCAGUCCGGUCAUUCUGGACCCAAACACUGCACACGGUUGGCUCCAUCUGUCUGAUGAUCUGAGGAGUGUGAGACGUGGAGACACAUAUCAGCAGCUUCCUGACAAUCCAGAGAGAAACACCAAUUACGCCACCGUCCUGGGGUCUGAGGGCUUCAGCUCAGGAGAGCACAGCUGGGAGGUGGAGGUGGGAGACCAUCCUGACUGGGUUGUGGGUGUGUCUAAAGAGUCAGCUGACAGGAAGGGAGAGAGAUUUGCUUCACCAGAAAAUGGACUCUGGUGUUUAUUGCAUCGCAGUGGAAAAUACACAAAUGGUCUUGGUGAGACUGUCACAGUGAAGAAGAGUCUCCAGAGGAUCAGAGUCCAGCUGGACUAUGACAGGGGGAAGGUGUCCUUCUAUGACCCUGAAGACAUGACUCACAUCUGCACCCUAAGAGACACUUUCACUGAGAGAGUCUUCCCAUGUUUUGACAUUGGAGGGUCUGGAGAUGCUAAAACUUGUGAGCUCAAAAUGUCUCAAAGUGAGACUUCUCUGGUGUUCAGGGAGAGCGGAGCGGUCUGACCCAUUUCUUCAUGAUGUCAUACCGGAGGAGGUUUUCAGUUCUUUCUUUAAAGGUGAGAAUCUUUUGAUUUGAAGGAACAUGAAGAAAAUAUAAAAAACACAUUUGGACUCUUUCAGGAUUCAACUUUGUUUAGGUCUUGAAUAAUCCAGAAAAACAUCCAGAGACAGAAUUAUGGGGCGCCGUUUGUAAAGUUGUGCACACGGAAAAUAAAAUCAACAGUUCUUCACAUCUAGCUCCAAAACGUCACAAAAAUGUAGAGGGAAUU